GGCGCGCUUGUCUCUUCAUGGUUCACUUUGGUGCACGACACUGCGUUCUCACCACUCAUCUUCACCUUCGUCGAGCUUAUUUACCCUAAUCCUCUCUCGACUCCUCCUCAAAGACACCGCGACAAAACUGAGGACCAUCUCCGGCCGGCUAUCUUCUGUAGCAAUGUCGGGGCAGAUUGAGGAACCGGCGAUCAACUUCAAGUCAGAAUAUGGGCCUUUAAGUGAGUCCUACACAUGUCGUAAAGGAUACGAUAUUGAUCGUGCUUAUCCUUUUCGACAUCAUCACAGUGAACGUUGGCAAGGAAGGAACCAUGAAGCUGUGAUCAGGAGAAGCUCAAAGUUCUUCGACAACCCUAUGAAGGAAGAGUGGGCAGCAUCUCGUCUUGAGGCGCGCACUAUCAGUAUUGUCGACAAAGACCCCACUAUCUUCAAAAUCUACCUCCAUUGGUUGUACCUCAAGACAUUCCCUAUUGUCACCACAAAGAGUACAGGGGGGUUCAAUCAUGAGACUGGCAUGCUUGGCAAGAGCUACGUUGUGGGGGAAAUGCUCAUGGAUACUGCACUCAAGAACGCCGUCUUGAUCGCCUUCCGUGACGCCCCGCUCAACCGGCCUUUCUACAAGCCACUACGUCCAGGCUUCAGUAUAGUCAAGACCAUAUACGAUGGAACUCCGGAGGGAUCCCCUGGCAGGCGCUUCAUGGUUGAUGUGUGCGUUAGAGAGGCGAACGAGAACUGAGCUAUUCACCUUGACGAUAUGCCACUCGCCUUUACGAUGGACUUGUCAAAAGCGUUUAUGGCAUGUGCGAGGACACGCACUCCAAAGAUGACCUCGUGGACAACAAGCAUGAAGGACUUUAUGGAGACAUAGCUCUGCUCACGGUUGGCCGUCUGUGAGAGGGACUUACCAGCGUGGCGUAUCGCACACAUCGUCACCGCAAGGGUGUCUUGUGGAGUCGGAACGGCUGAUGAAGGGAUUGAAGAUUACAGAAGUGGCAUGCAUCAAGCCGUUCUAGCAUUUGCCCUCAAGUAUAUGUAAUGAUAAGCAAGCCCUGCUCGCCUGAUCUCGAGAGUCUGUCUAACCAGAUCUGCGCUAGUCUGUGUCUAGAUAAAUCCACCUUCCAAGCAGC